CGUGACUCUCGUCCUGCAGGGUUACAGGCAGAGCAGCGAGUUCAUCAUUACCCAGCAUCCCUUGCCUGACACCAUAAAGGACUUCUGGAGGAUGAUUUGGGAUCACAACGCCCCGGUCAUCGUGUCCCUGCCGGGGGCGGGCCAGACGGAGGCGGAGGUGGAGCAGAGUGCCAUCUGGCCCCGUAAAGGAGCCCCGAUCAGCUACCAGAUGUUCACGGUCUCCCAGAGGAGUGAGAACAACAUCUGUCUGACCAACGAAGACAUGCUGGUGGUGCGGGAGUUCGUCCUGGAAGCAACUCAGGAUGACUUCGCUCUGGAGGUGAAACAUUACAGCGCCUCCUGCUGGCCGAACCCUGACAGUCCCAUCAGCAACACCUUCGAACUCCUGAAGCUGGUGAGAGAGGAGAACGCCGCCAAGGACGGACCCACCGUGGUGCACGAUGAUGUGGGAGGAGUCACAGCCGGGACGUUCUGCACUCUGUCCUCUCUGGUUCAGCAGCUGGAGGUCGAAGGGUCGCUCGACGUCUUCCAGGCCGCCAAGCUGACAAACCUCAUGAGACCGGGGAUCUUCAGCGACGUGGUGAGGAUACUGUCUUUCUCACAAUACACUGAAGUUAGACUACUGUCUGUUUCAUACUAUGCUGACGAUAAACUGAUGUAUGUUUAAAACUUGUUCAGGUGUAUAUCAGUAUGUAGU